UCUCCUUAUCUCCUGCAAACUCCGUCAACCAACACGCGACGGACUACAAUCGCCGGUGACCUAAUCUCUUCGCUAUUCUCCGCCCUCUGGCUGAUAUCGAAAUGCUUUUAACUCUGUGAGUGUUUUCUAUACCUUCUUGCAGAAGAUAAACUCAGAAUCUUGACCACUUCUGUUAACUCUAAGAUAACUCAAAAAUGGACAACACCGUGAGCAUUAAGCAAGAAACACCACAGCCUCUUCCUCUAGGGAUCUAUGAAAUACCAGGUGAGCCUGCGGUUGUUAUCAACGGUGUCCCUGAUGAGCCUAAAACAGAGUCCAUAAUAGCCAAAGACGAACCAAAAUCAUCGAGUGCCGCCUCUAUAGGGUGUGGCGAAUGGCUUGAAGGUAGAGAAGUUCGGAAGUUUUUCUUGGGUCAGUACUAUUCCGGUACGGUGACAAAGUUCGACAAAGGCACUGGUUGGUACAUGGUUGAGUAUGAAGAUGGGGAUUCUGAAGAACUUGAUUGGUAUGAGCUUGAAGAAGUGCUUCUACCUAUGGACGUUACUGUACCACUGAGAUCAGUCUCGUUAUGGAUCCUUAAGAAUCGUCAGACACAGGCUCAAGCUUAUGGAUCCAUGCCGAAACGCUAGACCAAGAACUCCAACACAAAUGGGUCUGGCUUAUUGUGCAGAGUGAAUAUGGUGAAGCACGAUGAGAAAAGGUUACAACACCCUUAUAUACCCCUUCAAACUGGAAACACUUUUAACAGUUUUUUGAAAAUUUCCUCACUUGAAUAUAUUCGGCGACUUGUAGAUGAACAUUGUACUAGUGAAACCAUGGAAUAGUAGUAACGCUAGAGACGAUUAACGUUUUUGAAAUUUCAGUACUUGAACGAAGUUUGUUUUUUGAAA